AAAAACGUCGGAGAGGAGAUUCUUCCUUGUGUUCUUCGUCUCCACCAUUUUAUCCUCUUACAAGCGUCCAAAGAGACAACUUCUCCGUGAUUGCCCAGCCACGCCGCUGUAUACUUCAACCUCUGGAUUCUCAGUGUUUUCAAAGUACACCAAUGAGUAAAGCUAACAGUGAGGAGUCUUCCAGUAGCCGUAAAUUACUGAAGGAGGUGGAGACAUUAAAUGAGUCUCUCUAUGUGAACAAGAACCCUAGGAGACCAGUGGUUGGUCCUAACAACACUUCAACAAAGCCCUUGGCUCGUACAAACUUAACUGAGCCUCAGAAGGAAAAGAAAUCCAUUUGGAAUUGGCCUCUCAGAGCCCUCUCUCACGUCCGCAACCGCCGCUUCAACUGCUGUUUCUCUGCUCAAAUCCAUUCCAUAGACAACUUACCCCCUACAUUCCAGGAUCUUUACCUCACCGUUCACUGGAAACGCCGCGAUGAAUCCUUAACUACUCGUCCUGCAAAGGUUUUAAACGGAAGAGCCGAGUUUAAGGACAAGAUGACGCAUACGUGCUCGGUUUACGGAAGCAGAAGUGGACAGCACCACUCAGCUAAGUACGAAGCUAAGCAUUUCUUGUUGUACGCCGCUCUGGUUGGGUCUCCUGAUGUUGAUCUGGGGAAACAUCGGAUGGAUCUCACUAGCUUGCUUCCUCUGACGCUCGAGGAGUUGCAGGACGAGAAGAGCUCGGGGAAGUGGUCGACGACGUUUCAGUUGACUGGGAAGGCUAGUGGUGCUACUCUGAGCGUUAGUUUUGGGUACACUGUGGUUGGGGACACUCGCAGUGCUUCAAAUGCAAAGCAAGGUAGCAGUAACGCAGCGUUGACGAGAGCUAUCAGUGGAAAGUCUAGUUUAGGGAGUGGCAAGUCGGUGUCUAAGCGUUAUGAUCAUGGUGUUGUUGGCAAAGAGUCUCGUCCUCUGUCCAAGAAUGUGGUGGAGAUCAAAGAUCUUCAUGAAGUUGUUCCCGUUGCUGCGCAAUCAGACCUGGUCAGUUCUGUAAACGCUCUGUAUAAGAAAUUUGAUGAGGAGAAGGUGGAUGCUGCAGCAGCUGAGUCCCAGUUUGAAUCUGACGUUGUAAUUAAACACAUUGAACCUGAUGAGUCAAACGAAGAUUCAAAUGCCCAUCAAGUGGAGGAGCGUGUGGCCAACAUGAAUGAAAGUGAUGUUCCUUUAGAGGAUGUAAAGAAAGCUGAAGAAGAUCCUUCUACUUUUGAGAAAGUUGGUACUGAAGAUUUGCCUCCAGAAGAGCCUUGUGUGGACAGGGAUGAAACCGAUGUUCUUUCCCAGGAUAUAAAGAAAGCUGCUGAAGAUCCUACUACUGAAAGUGAGAAAGUUGGUACUGAAGAUUUAUCUCCAGAAGAUCCUUUAGUACACAAGAAGGAAACUGAUGUUUCUUUAGAGGAACCGAAGAUAGCUGGAGAAGUUCCCAUUACUAGAAGUGAGGAAGUUGUUGAAAUUAGUAGAGAGAAUUUGCCUUCAGAAGAGAGGAGCAAUGUUUCUCCAAAGGAAGAGAAAGGUAUUGUUUCUGGUGAUGAUGAAGACGACAUGAACGGUGGGAGAGACGUUAAAGAAAUAAUAAUGGAAGAUCUUGAAUCAGCUUUGAAAAAUGUAGAAAUGUUGGAAGCAACGGCGUCAGAAGAGGAGGAAGAUCAAGAAAACCACGGACGCUCCACACCAAAUAAGGAAGCAGCUUCAAUAGAUGUGGCUGAUUCUGUGGCAAAAGAAUCUUUGCUUUCAGAAGAGGAGAGCAAUGUUUCUCCGAAGGAAGAGGAAAGUAUUGUUUCUAGGGAUGAUGAAGAUGUAGUGAACGGUGAGAGAGACGGGAAAGAAACAAUAAUGAAAGAUCUUGAAUCAGCUUUGGAAAGUGUAGAAAUGUUGGAAGCAACGGCGUCAGAAGACGAGGAAGAUCAUGGAGGCUCCUCCACACCAAAUAAGGAAGAAGCAGCGUCAACUUCGAUAGAUGUGGCUGAUUCCGUGGCAAACGAGUUCUUAGACAUGCUAGGUAUUGAACACAGCCCCUUUGGUUUAACUUCCGAGAGUGAGCCUGAGUCUCCAAGGGAGCGCCUGCUAAGAGAGUUUGAAAUGGAAACUCUUGCGGACAGUUCUUUGUUUGAUUUUGGUAUUGAAUCUGAUGUUGAUCCACAAACUGAAGGUGAUGAGAACUAUGAAUCAGAUUUUGAUCUGGCAUCCUUAGUUCAUGACUUAGAAGAAGAGUACCAGAUAGAAACUCAAGCAAGAGUCAGCAGCAACCCCAGGGCCAAGAUGUUGGAAGACUUGGAAACGGAGUCUCUGAUGCGUGAGUGGGGGAUGAACGAAACCACAUUCCAGAACUCUCCACCUCACAAUGCGUUCCCACCAGCUGAUUUUCCAGUAAACGAGGCGUUUGAUUUGCCUCCUCUAGGAGAUGGCUUGGGUCCAGUUGUGCAGACAAAGAAUGGAGGGUUUGUGCGUUCUAUGAACCCUUUACUGUUCAGAAACUCUAAAGCUGGAGGUAGCUUGAUCAUGCAAGUGUCGAGUCCAGUGGUGGUGCCUGCUGAGAUGGGCUCUGGUAUCAUGGAGAUUCUUCAGAGACUAGCUACUGCUGGUAUUGAGAAGCUUUCGAUGCAAGCUAAUAAAGUAAUGCCUUUGGGUGAUAUAACAGGGAAGACUAUGGAAGAGGUGGUGUGGGAAACUUCACCUGCAGUUGAUAGUGGGCACAGGGAUCAUGUACCACCACAGCGUGAUACUGCAGCUAAGCCUAAAAAGUUCGGUUCAAGCACUUGCAACAACAACUUAAGGUCAGAGUAUGUAUCACUUGAAGACCUUGCUCCUUUGGCUAUGGACCAGAUUGAAGCACUUUCUUUGGAAGGAUUGAGAAUACAAUCAGGAAUGUCAGACGAGGAUGCACCCUCGGACAUCUCUGCACAAUCCAUUGGAGAGAUCUCAGCCUUUCAAGGUCUAGAAGGAGCGGCUGGUUUACAACUUCUGAACAUAAAGGAUGACGGAGAUGGUGAUGAUGAUGAUGGGUUGAUGAGUCUCUCCUUGACUCUUGAUGAGUGGAUGAAGUUGGAUUCAGGUGACAUUGGCGAUAAAGAGGAGAUCAAUGAGAAAACGUCAAAGAUCUUGGCUGCUCAUCAUGCGAACCCACUGAACUUUAUCCGUAAAGGAGAGAAACGAAAAGGGAAGAAAGGAAGGAAGUGUGGUUUGCUUGGGAAUAACUUCACAGUAGCACUAAUGGUGCAACUCAGAGAUCCGUUAAGAAACUACGAGCCUGUUGGAGCUCCUAUGCUUUCUCUUAUCCAAGUUGAGAGAUUGUUUGUCCCACCUAAGCCUAUAAUCUACAGUACAGUUUCCGAGCUGAGGAGAACCGAUGAAGAGGGAGAAGAAGCCGAGGCGGUAAAAGAGGAGAAAACAAUGCUGGAGGAGCAAGGAAUCCCUCAGUACAAGAUCUCAGAGGUGCAUCUUACUGGUAUGAAGAGCGAGACGGAUAAGAAGCCAUGGGGAGUCACGACUCAGAAUCAGCAGGUGCAGUCUGGUUCAAGGUGGUUGAUGGCUAAUGGAAUGGGGAAAGGGAACAACACCAAGGUUCCUCUUAUGAAACCAAAGGCUGGUGAUAAGUUGUGGAGUGUGUCUGGUUCUGGCUCUAAAUGGAAAGAGCUUGGGAAAAUGGGAAAGUUGAGCGCACACAAACGUAAUCCGAAUGUGAUAAUGCCAAAAUGAAACUGAAGAAAGAAAACAAGAACUAGUCUGACUGGUUUUGUGUGUUUAUUGAUGCUAUGUAAAGGUGAGGUGAAUUGUUUAGAUUCGCUUAAAUGUUGAAUCUGUGUUAUUUAUGUGUGCUUAGUUUAGGUUUAGCGGAUCAAACUAAUUGCUAUUUGUGGUACAUUUAAGAGAUCAAUGGAAAUAACCAACAAACUAAAAAGACUUGGCACUGUGGUUAGCUGUAAA